AGGAGGUUAACAAGCUAGGUGUGCCUGCAGUUAGCCCAAGGUCAGAGAAUAGGAGGUGCAGCGUGCAGUAGAUACUGAGAGACAGCCUAUUCAGGAAGUGGACAAUCUACUACAAAGGUAGUCUAUAGACCGCGGAAGAGACGCGUUGCAAAGCAUGACUCCACGUUAAGAGACGGUCUGGCCAGUGUGGGACUUGCCAUGGAUCAGCUGGCUGGAAUUAUGCGCCGGAGUUUCCGUAGGAAAUCCUCAACCAGGGAGCCCACCUCUGUAGGGAACUCCACCGCAGACGCCAGCUCUGGUUGCCGACAGUCUUGCGAGGACCCACAGCAGAGGUCAGUACUGAGCGGCGGGCAGACGUUCUUUGAAUAUCUCGUGGUGGUAUCACUCAGGAGGAACUCUGCAGGAGACUAUGCCCCCCAGAUCACCUACCAGUUCCCAAAAAGGGAGAGCCUCUUGAGCUUCCAGAGGGAAGAGGAGGAGAGGCUCUUGCAUGCCAUCCCACUCUUCUGCUUCCCAGAGGGGAACAACUGGACCCCUCUUACUGAGUACAACAGCGAGACCUUCUCGUUUGUCCUAACCAAUGUGGACAGCAGCAGGAAAUUUGGCUAUUGCAGGAGGCUUCUGCCAGCUGGGAGAGGUGCCAGGCUUCCUGAGGUUUAUUGCAUUAUCAGCUGCAUGGGCUGCUUUGGACUUUUUGCCAGGAUCUUGGAGGAGGUGGAGAAGAGGAGACAGAUUGCUACAGCAGUUAUAUACCCUUUCAUGCAAGGACUGAGAGAGGCAAACUUCCCUGCACCUGGUAAAACAGUCAAGAUAAAAAGUUUUAUUCCUGAUUCUGGAACAGAGAUAAUAGAACUCACAAGACCUUUAGAUUCCAGGUUGGAACAUAUUGAUUUCAAGACUCUUGUGCAAUGUUUAAGCCCUAAACGUUUAGUACAGGUAUUUGCCUCUGUUGUGCUAGAGAGAAGGAUUGUGUUUUCUGCAAAGGAUCUCAGUGUGUUAUCUCAAUGCAUCCAUGCUGUUGCAGCCAUGCUGUAUCCAUUCACUUGGGAACAUACCUACAUCCCAGUGCUGCCUCCAGUUUUAAUAGAUACAGUAAGUUGUCCAACACCUUUUAUGGUUGGGGUGCAGAAGAAAUUCCUGGAUCAGAUUUGGCACCAGCCUAUGGAAGAGGUCUUAGUGGUGGACCUGUGUGAUGGGAGCUUCCCACAAAAAGUUGGAGAUGAAGACGACAUCUUGCCUAGAAAACUUCAAGAUGACAUGAUUGCUUCUCUAAGUAGACUGCAGGUGUCACAGGGAUCAGAAGAAGUCAACAGGACAGUCUCAGAAGUGUUUAUGCAGUUCUUCAUUAAGACCGUCGGUCAUUACAACCACCAUUUUAAAAAUGCAAAAGAUGGGAAGCGCCUAUUCCAGGAGAAGGCCUUCUUAAAAGCAGUGAAAUCCAAGAGCACAAAGAGAUUUCUCAAACUGUUUGUUAGAACACAAAUGUUCUCUAUUUUUAUUCAGACAGCCGAGAAAUGCUCAAUGGUACAAGAUGGUUAUUUUCUGAAAAAGGUCCAUGAAUUCCAAGAGCAGAAGAAAUUGACUAAAAAGUAAACACGGGAUAAAGUGCACUCCUUAUGCAAAAGUGAUAGAGUGGGACUUUCUUUAUGUUCUCUAGAUACAUUGUGCUCGCCAUCUAUAUAGCAAAUGUAUAGGUUAAACUGUAGUUUGUUUUGUUCUGCACAUUGUCUGCUGCAUGAAUAUAAUGCACAAGGCACAUUGCUUUGUGGGUUUGAUUUGAUUGUACAAGCUAGGCAUUCAUAAUAAGAUAAGAAUCUGAUUUAGGCCAUUCAUUUGCUAGGAAGGUGAUUAGCACAGUGUGCAGGUUGAUUUGUAUCCGCAUAUCAGAGAACGCUAACAGUGGGCUUUAGAUUAGUCAAAUGAAAAUGACACAGCCAUCUUGAGGAUGGAUGAAUCUAGCCAAUAGGAAGGCAUUUGUCAGGGCAUGAUGGGAAAUGUAGUUCACCACUAGACAGUCUGCCAAAUGGAACCUUGUUACCCAUACCAUUUUGGAUAACAUGCACACUUUAACAUUAUUU